AAAUACUAAAACGGAAAUCCCCCCACAUUGGUCGAGCGAUCGUAGGAGCAGAUAAACGUCUAGCUUUGAGUUGGCAUGUCAUCGUUUAGUGCCGUGAGGCCCUCACCAUCCCCCCGGGCUUUCAGAACUGCAUUCCUGGCAAAAAUGUCCCAGGGAAGAGGCAGUGCAAUGGCUGUGUCUCUGCUGCUCUGCUUGCUGGUGCUCCAUUCUGAUCCUGCUCAUGCAGCGACUUACCCUGUGGGGGAUGCCCGUGGCUGGAGUUUCGACUCGGCCGGCUGGUCUGGCGGGAAGCGCUUCAAAGCCGGCGAUAUUCUUGUGUUUAAUUACAACCCGACACGCCACAACGUAGUUGCCGUUCCCAAGGGAUCUUAUGACAGCUGCAAGACUCCUCGAGGCGCCAAAGUUUACCAAACGGGGAAUGAUAAGAUCAAGCUCGUCAGAGGGCAGAACUACUUCAUCUGUAAUUUCCCGGGGCAUUGCGAGUCUGGAAUGAAGAUCGCCAUAACUGCUGCUUAAUAGGCCGUACUCAGCUAGCCGGCUAGCUUUUUAUGUAUUGUUGGUCUCUCCAUCGCGUGAAAGUUGUGAUAGCUUCUAAGCAGUCACUCCGUAUGCUACUCUCUUCUAGAUGUCGUGAUGAAUAAAUAAAGAGUGCCGUUCAGUGUCAAAUGGCUUCUCUUA